GCGGACCCGGGCCGGCGAGGACGAGACGGUGAGCCACACAGCAGGGGACAUCUGGGGCUAGCGGAAGGAGGAGCCGAAGCCGGGGGAGGCAGCCCGCAGCAGGUGGAAGCCAGAUCGAGAGCCAGCCGGCCAGGUCACAGCUUUGCUUUUCUAGAAAAGAAGAAAGUACCUGAAGAUCGCUUCCCUACUCCAUCAGCGCAGGAAAACUACCUUGUCCUCGUCAUCCAGGAAGACUGGGAAGGUAAAGGCGGUUUCUUUGGCUAGGGCAGCUGAAGGAAAGUCAGACUGUCGUUUUGAAGCAUCUGAAAUUAGCCGCUCUCGGUAUACAAAGCAGAGUCAUCCCAGUUUCUGGGGAUAAACCCUUUCCGGAGAAUUCCAGCUGGAGUCGCUGGUACAGUUCUAUUUUUAUAUUUAAACAUAUAAGCUCCCGUGCCCCGCCCUUAAAAGCACUUUCUUUGUUUAUAAGCAGUGUUUAGAAAGAGGUAGCUUUUUCACGAUUGUAAUCCUGCGGAGAAAGAUGGAAAAAGGAGCCAGACACCGAAACAACACGGAAAAGAACCACCCAGGUGGGAGCAAGUCGGAGGCCAGCCUGGAGGCUGAGGCCGGUUCUGGAGGGGGCGGAGUAGCUCUGAAGAAAGAGAUCGGAUUGGUUAGCGCUUGUGGCAUCAUUGUAGGGAACAUCAUUGGCUCUGGAAUCUUUGUGUCCCCAAAAGGUGUGCUGGAGAAUGCCGGCUCUGUGGGCCUUGCUCUCAUCGUCUGGAUCAUUACUGGCAUCAUCACAGCUGUGGGAGCCCUCUGUUAUGCUGAGCUGGGAGUCACCAUCCCUAAAUCUGGAGGUGACUACUCCUAUGUCAAGGAUAUAUUUGGAGGACUGGCAGGGUUCCUGAGACUGUGGAUUGCUGUGCUGGUGAUCUAUCCCACCAACCAAGCUGUCAUCGCCCUCACUUUCUCCAACUACGUGUUGCAGCCACUCUUCCCCACCUGCUUCCCCCCAGAGUCUGGCCUUAGACUCCUGGCUGCCAUCUGCUUAUUGCUCCUUACAUGGGUCAACUGCUCCAGUGUGAGGUGGGCCACCCAAGUUCAAGACAUCUUCACAGCUGGGAAACUCCUGGCCCUGGCCCUGAUUAUCAUCAUGGGUAUUGUGCAGAUAUGCAAAGGAAAAUUCUUUUGGCUGGAACCAAAGAACGCAUUUGAGAAUUUCCAAGAACCUGACAUUGGCCUCAUCGCCCUGGCUUUCCUCCAGGGCUCCUUUGCCUAUGGAGGCUGGAACUUUCUUAAUUAUGUAACUGAGGAACUUGUGGAUCCCUACAAGAACCUUCCCAGAGCCAUCUUCAUCUCUAUCCCACUGGUCACAUUUGUAUAUGUCUUUGCCAAUAUCGCGUAUGUCACGGCAAUGUCCCCUCAGGAGCUGCUGGCGUCCAAUGCAGUCGCUGUGACUUUUGGAGAGAAGCUUCUAGGGGUCAUGGCAUGGAUCAUGCCUAUUUCCGUUGCCCUGUCCACAUUUGGAGGAGUUAAUGGGUCACUCUUCACAUCAUCCAGGCUGUUCUUUGCUGGAGCCAGAGAAGGCCACCUUCCCAGCGUGUUGGCCAUGAUCCACGUGAAGCGCUGCACCCCAAUCCCAGCCCUGCUCUUCACAUGCCUUUCCACGCUGCUGAUGCUGGUCACCAGUGACAUGUACUCACUCAUCAACUACGUGGGCUUCAUCAAUUACCUUUUCUAUGGGGUCACAGUUGCGGGGCAGAUCGUUCUUCGUUGCAAGAAGCCAGAUAUCCCCCGUCCCAUCAAGAUCAGCCUGCUGUUCCCCAUUAUCUACUUGCUGUUCUGGGCCUUCCUGCUGAUCUUCAGUCUGUGGUCAGAGCCAGUAGUGUGUGGCAUUGGCCUGGCCAUCAUGCUGACAGGAGUGCCUGUGUAUUUCCUGGGUGUCUACUGGCAACAAAAGCCCAAGUGUUUCAAUGACUUCAUUGAGUCACUAACCCUGGUGAGCCAGAAGAUGUGUGUGGUCGUAUACCCCCAGAUGAAGGAGGACUCAGGAACAGAGGAGGCAAGUGAGAACAUGGAGGAGGAACAGCAGAAGCCCAUCUUCCAACCCGCUCCCAGCAAGGACCAGGACUCAGUGGAGCAGUCCUAGCCCUGAAGACCUCCAUCCCUUUAAUUAGCUGCUCCUUCCUUUGUCCUCCUUUCUGCUCUGCUUUCCUGUUUGGGUCCCUCCAACAAACCAAACAAACCAACCUACACACACACACACACACACACACACACACACACCCUGUAGUUCUUUCAGGCAGGGGCAUGACCUUAGGUGUCCUUGAUGAAAAGAUAUAAACAAAAACACUGACAUUUAUAUCUGAAGAACAAGCUUCUCACACCAAGGCCCAUAUGAUGGGACUCUCCACACUCCAAGUAUUAGAGGACAGUGUAGAUGCCAUGGGUGCCCUCCAGGGCCCUUCCUCCUGGGCUCACACUCUCAGGAGACUCUUAGGAACCUGAGUUCACUACUGCCUCCCUUCUCCAUUCCUGAGCCCAAGCAAAGCCUCAGUUCAAACUGAAGUGGUCACCACAGCGAGUUAGCUAAAGAAGAGAGACUUGAGAUUAGCUGAGAGACACAAAUGCUUCUCUUCACAAGGGACCCAAAAUGCCUAAGAGAUGCUACCCUCUGCUGUCUUCCCUUACCCCAUACCAUUACCACUCCACAGGCCCAACCUCGGCUCCCUAUUCCAAAAAGUUUUUUUAGGACCCCCUUUCCCUACUGAGUUAAGGACCAAGAAGGAAGAUCCCCCUCCCUCAACCCCCAAGCCUGGCUUGUGGAGCAUAGGGAACAGUUGUGAUUAUAGAGACCCAGCCCUUCCCUUGCCUCCUGCAUCCAGCCCCCAAACUGGUGCCAAAGGUCCCUGAAGCCAGGAAGGCUUAUUUAUACUGAAUGUCUCUUGCCUGAUGACAAAGUUACUCAGCUCCUCCUUUUUACCCACACCCGGUGGCAAGGAUCAGUAUUCCACUUACCCUAGCAGCUGUUCCCCAACACCCACCCUCACCACUGCCGGCCACCCCCACCAUGCCUUUUCUGGACCUUGGCUCAGGGACCAGGUAUGAAGGAUCCUCAAGCCCUUCAGGCCUGAAAUCAGAGCCAAACCAGCCUUAAGUUACCUCCCAUCCAAGAACUAGGCCUAAAAAUACUCCCUCAUUUCUAGCUCUCUGGACAGACCUGGUGUUAAAUGCCUUCCCCAAGAGGAAGGGUGCUUUCCCACUUCCCAGAGCUGCCCAUUCCACGACCUGGGGCCUUGUGUGGGGAGAGAUCUGAAGGCCAUUUCCUCAAAUGAUCCCACUGCCAUCUUGCCUUCCCAUCUUGGGGCACAGUGGGAAGGUACUGACAGAAUGGUACCCACUUUUGAGAACUGCAGAAAAGCACCUUCUCUGUGGAGUGCCAACUUCUGACCUUCCCCUGUGUUCCACAGCAAGGUGAAGGUGUUUGUGUUGGCUUGGCAGCCUCCACACCACCCUGCUGUGCUGAGGACGGGAUGCUUUGAUCCCAAAGCAGGACUCCACCCCCAUUCCAUCUGCUUAUGCUAGAAUACAUACAGGUUCCCUUCUGGCCCAGGGCAGAUUUUCUAGCUUGCAACAAAGCUGACCUGACUUCUGGUUGGUGAGAGGUUGUGUGGGAAUUAUGACCCUGCAAAAUGGAACCCAAGCAGGCUGGGGGGCCUCAACAGGACCAGGGGACCAUCCUUCUGUUCCUUCUCUUCUCAUUCCUCCGGCCUCCUCUCCUCCUUCAAUUACUGUCUUCUUUUUUUUUUUAAAUAAUGCCUUACUUACCUUUUGGAUAAAUAUUUUUGAAGCUGGUAUUUGUACUUCUUUUGGAUUUUUUUUAAUGUAAGGUGGUUUGGGGGUGGAGCUAGAAUCUUGAUAUUCUGUCAUUGACUUGGUUUAGGUUUUAGAAUUUUGUUCAUUUUACAAAGUUUCUUUUCAUGUAAUAAAAUGUUAAAUAGGAA